UAAAAAUUUUGCAGAGCGCCAGAAAAGCAGCUUUAGCGGGUGUUACAAGUUCUGAUCAGGACUGUCAUAUUCAGUACUAUGAGUUAGGAGCUGGCUCGGUCAGUCUUGCGUGUUCUUGGAUUAUAAUUGAAGAAAGGGGAUAUUUUAUUUAUAAAGGGACAGAAUAUAUAUUUUUAAACUAAUGUUUUUUUGCUGAAAAGGUGAAAUCCCUGCUCGAAAAGAAAAAUUGGAAUAAUCUAUUGGAUUGAAACACAGGGAAGAUGGAAGGAACUAGAUGUUUAGCACUGAAAGAUCUCACCAGCCCAAGGAAGACGCGAACAGACCUGGUGGAAGACGCUGAUAGUAAUAACGACCAAAAGGAGAACAUAUUUGUUGACCGUACAAAGGUGAUCCCAAAGACCCCGCUGAAAAAUGAUUUGACCCCAACAGCACCGCCCAAACAGAAAGGCUGCAGCACCCUAGAAACAAUUCACAACACCCCCAUCAAGCAUGUCGACAGACCCCAGGCAGAUCCAUGGACCCCUACUGCUAACCUGAAGAUGCUGAUCAGUGCUGCGAGCCCUGAUAUUCGGGACAGGGACAUGAAAAAAGGCCUCUUUCGUCCCAUUGAAAAUGAGGAGAGGGAGGAGACUUCAAGAGACACUACCCAGUUUGAUGCGAUGGAGGACUGUACCACAGAUGAGUUUGAAAAACAACGGCCUAACAGGAAAUUGAAAAGUCUGGGACUUCUCUGCCAAAAGUUUCUUGCUCUCUAUCCUGACUACCCGCUGUCUAUGGAGAAGACUCGCAUUUCUUUAGAUGAGGUGGCAACUAAUUUGGGUGUGGAGCGCAGACGGAUCUACGAUAUUGUGAACGUCCUGGAGUCCCUGCUGCUGGUGUCCCGGGUAGCUAAGAACCAGUACUGCUGGCAUGGGCGGCACAAGCUGUGCCAGACGCUGGAGGGGCUGCAGAGCAUGGGCCAGCAGCAGCGCUACGAGGAGCAGAUGGCACAGCUCCGGGAGAAGGACUGCAAGCCAGCCGAGCUCAGGAGGAAAGAGGGCCUCCCAGAACCGCAGGAAGGACAGAUUGACCACAUGGACACUGAGUCAGACAUGACCUCAGGAUCAGCCAGCAAGAGGAAAGACAAGUCCUUGCGUAUCAUGAGCCAGAAGUUCGUCAUGCUGUUCCUUGUGUCCAAAACCAAGAUUGUUUCUCUGGACAUUGCUGCUAAAAUCCUGAUCGAUGAGAGCCAAGAUGCUGCUGACCACAGCAAGUUCAAAACAAAGGUGCGUCGAUUGUAUGACAUUGCUAACGUCCUGACGAGCUUGGAGCUCAUCAAGAAGAUUCACGUCACGGAAGAAAGAGGCCGUAAACCUGCUUUCAAAUGGAUCGGGCCUGUCGAUUUUAAACACUCCAGUGAAGCCUCUCAGGCUGCAGCCGCUGUAGAGCACGUGUCUGUCGUCCUGAAAGAACCGCUGGUUCCCAGACCUCAGCUGGUGGUGAGCGGGAAACAGAGACUGACACGCCACGCUUCCUUCAGCGUGCUGCCCGCCCCCGCUGCUGACCAGAGAAGAAUCAGCUCGGCACCAAGCAGCCCACAGAGACACAGGAAAGGUUGGACAGUGGAGCCUGAGUACUCCAGAAAGAUGGCAGGCUUAGCAGCUGUGUGUAAACUGCAGUUUGAAGAGAGCAUAAGAAGUAAACUCUCUGAUAGGAAGACAGCGGUCAUCCCAACAAGCAACUCUGUCUCUCCGGGGCUGGUCCUAACUGUUCCUGUGGAUUCUCAUUCCCAAGCUAGUCCGCUGCCACAGUCCGCCUGCACCUUUCCCCAGCCGCAGCACGUGCUGCCCACAUUUUACCCAAACGCUGUCAAGGGAGGCCCGCCGACUCCCUCUGAAUCCCAGACAGAAGACAGCCACUCCAGCUCUUCCCAGAAGCAGCCUCCUCUCGUUUUCCUCCAGAGCCUGCCCCACCCUUCUGUCCUCAUGGUGUGCGGGAGCAGCCUCACAGACAGGGGGGGUGCAGCGCAGAGGAGCAGCGAAGCUCACAGCUCACCCACUGCCGUCACCCGGGAGACGCCAGUCCUCGGGAAACGCAGCGUGGCCAAGAGUGGGCUUUCCAAAGAAGAGGAACAGGCGGCUAAAAGAGACAGAACAGCUUUCAGGGACACAGUGUCUUCACACGAGAAUUGCAUCCGAGAGAAGAAUGAGCAGGAGACCUCCUUCCAGAACGGCAGUGUUGCGACGCCGGCUCUUAUCCUGACCCCGCCCCCGAAGGGGUCUCUGAACAAGGAUCAGGCCAGUCAGACGAGAGGAUCCCCAGAAACCCCCUUCAGAGAGGGCGAGCCUGGCAGGCACAGCCCCGAGCAGCCGGCCCCUCUGUCACACUACCUGUACGUGCCCUCCUCUGCAGGUCUGAGCGGACUGGACUUCUUUCUCGCUGCCGGCCACAGUCCCGGCAGUCUGUCUCUCUCCCCCAGUCGCCUGGCUUCUCUCGCUCUUCAGUAUGUCGUGCUGCCGCCCUCGGCCCUCUCCUCCUUCCCUCUCGUUGCUCCCGGCCUGUCCGGAACCAACGGCUCCAUCAACUUCCGCAUGCCUGGUGGGGUAAACCCCACACAUUUCCUGAUCGCCCCUGGGGCUGUGCCCUGCCCCAGGACCCCCGAGUGCUCUCCCAGUCCCAGCGGUCUGGCCCCCUCGCCUGGACACUUGAGUCCUGAGCAAGAAAGGCUCCCCAAAGCUGUGAAACCUGAAUCUCCAGUCGGUGUGGGACACCCGCUCACAGUUCUCACACUGCAGCAACAGCCACAGACCCCGCUGACCCCUAAAGAAGUCCGGGCGCCCCAUUCUAAGACCUUCUUCCAGACUCCCUGCACUCUGGGCUCAGCAGCUUCCUCCAGCCUGCGGAAACAGGGCAUGAGAGCACAGAACAGGACUGGCAGCUCCGCUCAGAGGAGGCUGGAAAUCAGCAACAACGUAUCCAACUGAACUUCCCUCAUCUCAACCUACAGUUCAGACUUCCUGGGGCUGGAGAUCUCAUCACACACCCUGCUGUGCUGUAGCUCCCUCUUUUUUGGGCAUGGGGCUUCCAUCCACCGGCAGGUUUACCAGACACUAGCAGUGAAGCCAAUGAAUCGUUGCAGGGGGUGUCACAACAGUAAUGGCAGUUAGCUUGCCAACUUGAAGUCUUGAUAGUGAAAGACACUAGGGAACGGGGCACAAUUUGCAACUGCAGCCAACAACCUUGCGAGUACAGGUGUUGGACCAGAAUUUCAAAGCAUUAAACAGCUCUUCAAUUUGAGAUUAUUAUUAUUAUUAUUAUUAUUUUUUUUUUUUUUUUUUUUUUUUUUUUUUUUUAUUAGUACACAAGCAAAAAUGUACAAACCCUCAGAAGAGGUUUUUAAUACCGAAACAUUUCUAAUAUGAUUUGUUUUGUUUUUAAAGCCAGUGGUUGAAAUUCUAUUUUGUAGCAAGAUCAGUCCUGCCUUGCGUACUAGCAGGUCUGCCCCCUUUUGGUGUCUCUGGCUAAUGUGGUUUUAGACUUGUACAAGCCUGUUGUAUUUUUGUGGUGUGUCAUAUAUAUAUAUAUAUA